GACGUUGCGUUUCGCGCAACGGUUGUGUGUGCGCGCGCCAAACUCUACGCCAAAAAUUAUUUUGGAUUUGUCAGUGACACUUUUCGCGAUACCGCCAUCCCAGAAAUGGCCCGUCGCGAGUAUUUUAUUUUGUGAUUUUUCACAGUUCUACAAUUGUACGGUGUUGUUGUACGGUGUCCCACAGGGUUCAUCUUCGGUCCUUUUAAGGUCCAUUGACCACCAGUCUUCCAGAAAAUACAAUUAUGAAGACGGAAGUUGAGGAUGUGAACGGCGAUGGCGUGUGCGAAGGUACAGGUCCGAGUCUGGGCCCGACGGAAAGCACCGGUGGCCUCAUCGGAUCGGACAUGUCCCCUGGUGUAAUGGAGUGCGGUGGAUGCGGCGAACGCGUCCGAGAACGAACUAUUUUGUGCGUUGGCGGGCGUACAUGGCACUCGAGGUGUCUUAGGUGUUGUGCUUGUGCCAGACCGUUGCACGAUCAACACUCUUGUUUCUUAAGGGGCAUGCGACUCUACUGCAGGCACGACUACGCUUUAACAUUCGGAGCAAAAUGUGCGAAAUGUGGACGAAGCGUAGGCGCAGGCGAUUGGGUUAGAAGAGCCCGAGAACGGGUUUAUCAUUUAGCUUGUUUUGCCUGCGACGCCUGUUCACGUCAAUUGUCAACUGGGGAGCAAUUCGCUCUCCUAGAUGCACGUUUACUCUGCAAAGCUCACUAUUUGGAUGUCAUCGAAGGCAACAACACUUCAUCCGAUGAAGGCGGUGACUCCGAGAGCGGUCACAAGGGUGGUAACAAAGCAAAGAGGGUAAGGACAACAUUCACCGAGGAACAACUUUCCGUUCUCCAAGCUAAUUUCCAGUUGGACAGCAAUCCUGAUGGGCAGGACUUAGAAAGGAUAGCACACGUGACUGGACUAAGCAAAAGGGUCACGCAAGUAUGGUUUCAAAAUUCAAGAGCGAGGCAAAAGAAACAUCUUCAUACGGGAAAAAUGAAAGGCCAGCACGUACACCAAUCCCCACCAAAUUCUACAACAUCACCGGCUGACUUUAGUCGACACAUCAAUUUACACCUGACCUAUUCCUUUCAACAUCAGCAACAUCAGCACAGUCAGCAACCGGUGCAACUCAGUCCAGCUGUCUGUAAAAGUCCCACGCCUUCGAUUUAUCAUAAUCAUGGUUCGGAACAAUCAAUGGAUGAACUCUCGCAAGAUUCCAUGAUGUUAUCGAUGCCGAACGAAGUAUAAUUGGCGCCGUUGGAUCGAUUUAAGUAUUUGUAUAUACUCUUUUAUCUUUUUCUUAUCUUUCGAAUAUAUAUAUUAGCUUUCGUUCUAACGCUAAUUCCGGAUGGACCAUCCAACGGCGCGUUGUAUUUUCAUUUAUCUUAGAACUCGACAAGAUCUAAGGUAUACUUUCCAUCCUUUAUUUUUCUCUUUAAAUGCCUACUUGUUUUUAGCAUAAGUGGUGGAUUUGAAAAAAAAAUAAGUUCGUUUAACUAAUCCAAUUGUAUAGGAUAUUAGAGAGAGAGGCUAUUAGAGCCGAUUUUUUGUUUUUUUUCUUAAUUUCGGACAAUUUUGUCAAGAAUUUCGAAAGUAGAUUCGAUUCGUUAAUGAAAACGUGCCAAUUAUCACUCGAAACUCGAUAACGAACUCGUAAUAUCUAAAUCAAUCAUUUUUUUUUAAAGAUGAAAUCAUCAAAAAAAAAAAAAACAAAAAUCCAGACAUCUAUAGAAAUUAUUUAUGAAUCUAUAUAGUCUAUUAUAUAGAUGAUAAUUUUAUAAGUAAAUCGAUGAAGUAAUCGCGACAACUAUGGAUCAUUCGAUGAUCGAUCGAUAAUGAUCUAUAGAUUACGGGAUUGGCGAAUUGGAAUUCGUUUUUGUCCAUGCUCUACAAGAAUAUUGCUAACAAAAUAUAGAGUUCCAUCGAUGACUUUGAAAUUUCAUUAAAAAAUGGCUUCGACCCUCCUGCGAUAAUGCAAAGGAGAGAUAUUUAGGUGUCCUGUACAUAAAUAAUUUGAUUUGUAAAUCGUUCGAUCUUUAUCUGAUAAAUUUUCAUUGGUUCUCAUAAAUCUAUAAAAAAUGUAAAUCUUUUACAUUUAUUCGAAAGAAAAUCAACCUGAAACAAGGUUGUAAUAGUUGAUGUCAUUUUGAAUGACGUCACGAAGCAAUAUUCCCAGUGAAAGUAUCUUUUGCAAUACUUACAAUUAGAGAACGAAAAAUGCUGUAAUGAUUUUAUUUAAUAUAAAUGUACUAUGAUGUAAAUAUUGUAAACUAUGCUGAUAUAAAAUAUACGGUUGAGUAUACA